UAAAACGCGCUCGAUAUCCCUGUUUAUUUUAUUGACCACUCGCCAGAUGUUUGCGCAUUGUUAUACAGUGCGCAGUAGUAGUUGAAAUCGGGAUUCUGUUUUAGUAUUAUAUCUUUUCUGCCAUUUUGAAAAUAGUGGCUUGUAUGGAUUAGACCGGAAUUUGAAUGUGAAAAAUAUGUCCGGGAGCAAUGAUAAAGUGUCGACUACGCAGCGUAUGAUCCAAAGUGUUGCUUUCCCACCCAGCCGCAAGCUCACAGUCUCCGAGGUAUUCGAUGAAAAAACUGGAAAGCCUCUGCCAGAUGUACUGAAGCAACACUUUAUCUUAGAGGGUAGGAUCGAAGAAAAUGCGGCUUUACGAAUCAUCCAAGAUGGUGCCACCCUUUUACGGUCAGAAAAAACUAUGAUCGAGAUUGAUUCACCGGUGACCGUGUGCGGAGACGUCCAUGGCCAAUUCUACGAUUUGAUGAAGCUGUUCGAGGUGGGAGGUUCACCUUCGUGCACGAAGUACCUCUUUCUAGGCGAUUAUGUAGAUAGAGGUUACUUCAGUAUAGAAUGUGUUCUCUACCUCUGGGCUCUGAAGUUGUGCUACCCGAAGACGUUAUUCUUAUUACGCGGCAACCACGAGUGCCGACACUUGACAGAAUACUUCACCUUCAAACAGGAGUGCAAGAUCAAAUAUUCUGAGAAAGUGUAUGAUGCAUGUAUGGAUGCCUUCGACUGCUUACCUCUUGCUGCUCUUAUGAACCAGCAGUUCCUAUGUGUGCAUGGCGGUCUGUCACCCGAAAUCAACAACCUAGAUGAUAUUCGUAAACUAGAUAGAUUCAAAGAACCUCCCGCAUUUGGCGCUAUGUGUGACCUGCUCUGGUCGGACCCUCUCGAGGACUUUGGUAAUGAGAAAAACGCUGAACAUUUUUCGCACAACUCUGUCAGAGGUUGUUCUUACUUCUAUAGCUAUGCUGCCUGUUGUGAUUUCCUUCAAAGAAACAAUUUAUUGUCGAUCAUACGUGCACAUGAAGCUCAAGAUGCUGGAUACAGAAUGUAUCGCAAAAGCCAAACCACAGGUUUUCCAAGUCUCAUCACCAUUUUUUCUGCCCCCAACUACUUGGAUGUGUACAAUAACAAAGCGGCUGUCCUCAAGUAUGAAAACAAUGUGAUGAACAUCAGACAGUUCAACUGCUCCCCACACCCGUAUUGGCUGCCCAAUUUUAUGGAUGUUUUCACUUGGUCUCUUCCAUUUGUUGGUGAGAAGGUUACAGAGAUGCUGGUUAAUGUGUUAAACAUUUGCUCUGAUGAUGAGUUAAUGUCUGAAGGGGAUGAUGCACUGGAGGAAGCUAAUCUCAGGAAAGAAGUAAUUCGCAACAAGAUCCGAGCUAUUGGCAAAAUGGCUCAUGUAUUCUCAGUGCUUCGUGAGGAAAGUGAAUCUGUCUUGCAGCUGAAGGGGUUGACCCCGACAGGAGCACUGCCACUUGGCGCUCUCUCCGGUGGCAAAACCUCACUGAAGAAUGCUCUGCAAGGAUUUUCUCCCAACCAUAAGAUAACCUCAUUUGCUGAGGCUAAAGGGCUGGAUGCGAUCAACGAGCGUAUGCCGCCGCGGCGCGAUGGGCAGCGCACGCCUGACGCCCAGGAUAAGAAGCAACACGUUAACAGCAAUGCACACUCGUGAAGUGUUAGCAAUUGCUUCUCUUCAAUCCAGGUUACUUUUUAAUCCACAAUUGCAGUGGUAGUGAAAUAUGUGUGAAGGAGACUCGGCUUUGGAUUGAUAUUUCACAUUCAUAAUAACUAGGUGGAUUUGAAGGGAAUUGUCAUAUAGAUACAAAAUAUUUGAAAUUUGGAUUUAACUUUUUUUCCAUAGUUGAAAUUAAAAUUUCUCUUAAGAUAUUACCUCUCGAUAUUUAAAAUAUGUCACAUCUGCAGGCAACAAAUUUAUUUAGUCAAUUAAAUAUUAAGGUAUGCACAUUUAUUUAUAAUGCGCUGCACUGUUUAAUUUUUGGUAAUGUAAUUUUAAAUUUUUCAUAUGAAAAGACAUGAUAUUGUAAUGUAAAUUUAUUCAGAUUGUCUACUUAUACUCUACAUUGUUAUCUACAUUAGUGAAAAUUAGACAUGUCUAUAAUUUUCAAAGCAUAAUUAGCUGUGAUAUUAAGCGAUGAUCAAUGUAUUAUUUAAUAGCAGUCUGCUAGUGAAGUACAGGCAUGUUCAUUGGCUAAUCAUGCAUUGAAAUAUGUAAAGUAAGUGGAGUUGAAGAAGGUGUCAGCUUGGCGUGUCUUUAUAUUCUAUUAAGUAAUAAAAUUAAUUAUGUACUAUAGUAGUGUGCAGCACAGGUGUGUUGUUGCCGUGCGUGUGUGCUGUGUAAAUAUGCCUUGUGCGUACACACACGUUAUUGCAGCUUUAACACUCGAGAUAAAUAUUACUCUCUUUAAUAUCUUUGCUACAAGUUGUACUUAAUUGUAUUUUAUUGUACAAAAUAUAUUAAAAUUACUAUCUAUGAACUAUUACUUAAAAAAAUUAUUUAUAUUUGGGUGUAUGCUGGCCCCAUGUUGCCUGCAUGCAACUGAACUUGUAUGCUGGAACAUCACAUUAAAAGUUUCUUAGUCCUAAUGUUUCGGUAUAUAAGGUGUAGCGGCUAGUCUAAUUGCAGAUUUUCUUACAGCUUCUAUUCCAAGUUUCACAUUAUAUGAUAAAGUUAGGUUUAAGACCUAUGCACUGUUGGAAAAUCUCUUUUGGUCUGCCAAAUAAUCAUUAAUCGAUGCAAUAAGUUCAUAUUGUGAAUAUUAAAAGUGGCUUACAUCAUUUUUCAAAGUCAGUACCUACUAAGUAUUUUAUCUCAAUUCAGUGUGUAGUCCUUCAUAUGUUCUGUACUUUAAAUAAAUUUUACCUACCUAUGUAAAAACUAACAUUAUAUUUACUUUUAUUUUGUACUAAUUAUGGGAAGUGUUGUUUUAU